AUGAAUAUGGGAGAGUUCGACGCUAGAGAGAUCACGGCCCUUCCGACGUUCUUCAAUAACUCCGGCGCCCUCCCGUGGCAACCAGAAGACAAUCGACUAGGCAAAAAGUUGCACGCAAUCCAGAAUCAACAGCCAUCUCUAGGAUCUAAUCCUCAGAUCCCUAAAGAUAGGAAUCAGAAGCAGCUCUCCUCUAAGAAAAUCGCAAGGCGGAAAAAGCCCAACUCUCGUCAGCGAUUUUCUAGUACUGGGAACUGGUCAUAUGAGGAACUCGAAUCCCUCCUUCCUUUCAUUGAAGCGAGACGCUCGAUUUCGUGGAGAGAUAAGGUGAAGCUAUGGAACAAAAUGUUCGGUACAAACCGUUCCCCAGAAUCCCUACGCGGGCAAUACAACCGGAUUACAGGGCAGGGCACACUAGUAGGAGCUCUAGUCAGACCUUUGGCAACCAGAGUACCGGCGGAAGCUUCUCAUGAGCCACGAAUGUCAUCGGUAGGCCGUUCGCCCACGUCUGCUAGUGCCUCACAUGCCUCUCGCCUAGCGCAACGGAUCGACCUCUCAGGCACACGCGGCAUUAAUAGCGACAGUAAGAUUGAUUCUCGAGAACAAUUGGCAGGCCGUGUUGCCCCUCAUGCUAUAUCAGACUGUCGAAAAUUAGGCUCUAGCCAUGUCUUUACAAUUAGUGAACUCCUUUCCACCUCUGAUCCCGAUGAAGGCGUCUCUAAGGGACCAGUAGGCCAGGAAGGAGAGGCCUUUAGCUCGCCACAUCAACAUCAGGCAUCUUUACCACGUAUGGAUGAAGAGAUCUCACAGCAGGCCCACGCCACCCCCCAUAACCCGCUUCUCUCCAAUCCUGCUUAUCUUUGUCUCAAAACAGCGCAAGAUGACGGUUGUGAAAGACCAAGUGGCCCCAUAUUCAGGCCGAUGUUAGCUCAACCGCCAAGCCCUGGAUCAGGACGGAGCUCCACGGCCAACCAGUCCCUACAGUUACAAUCAUCGCCAAGCCAAAGCUUGGCUUCUAGUUGGACGUCUCGCAUGGAAAGCAUUCAACGAAGCAACGGCGAUAAAUUACAGUGGCCGGAUGACAGUUGUGCUCAACUCUAUCAAACAUUACAUGAGCAGUUAUGGGAGGUCCUCGAAACGCAGAGUGGGCCCCCGCAAACUCCGGCGCGACAGGACCAAGAGGCGCAGAUCGUACAUUCUCAGAGGCCGGCACGGCAGGAUCGCGCAACACAGACCGACCUAUCGCAGAACCUAGAACCGCAGAGUCUAGUGUUGCAGGAAAAGCCCCUGUACGAAGACCCUCCCGAGAAAGGCAAUGGCUAUCCUGCCAAGCGCCAAAAGAAGAACUGCCGGCGCCUUCAGCCUCUGGACGUUUCGUUGGAUCGGAAUUCGUUCGGCCAUAGUUCGGCCAGCACAUCAUCUUCCCAGGAAGGUACCUGGCGCGACUGGGUGCUAGGAGGGCUUUGGGGAAGAGGAAAUGGCAGGACAAUUUAG